AAACGCCAGGGAUUUUGGAGCGAGGAUGGAGGGCAAGAUCGAUGCCGAUGGCUGCAGCUAUACCAGGAUUCGCCGCAAGACUUGCAAUACCGUGGAGGAUCCAGAGACGAGGAAGCCGAUCUUGAGGUGUGAGAGGCUCGAGCAGCUCCUCCGCCACUGCCCUGGGAGGAAGCCCGAGGUCGUGGAGUCCAAGAGAGAGGAGACGGAGGAGGACGUUCCAAGCGAGGAGGAGGGCGAUCACCAGCACAGCCUUGGCUCUAGCAGCGGCAAUCCAUUGUCACGAUUCUCUGAGGCGCUGGAGGAGCAUCUAUCGGGCGAGAUCGAGGGAUUCAUGCGCGCGGCGGAAGAGAUCGCAAACGAGCUGUUUGGGAACUUUGGGAUCUUCAAGCACGGCGAGAGAGAGAGGGGCAGCGACGAGGAGGGAUUCCACCGGAGAGCUCCAUCGCCGCAGCCAUUCGGGCGAGGAAGAAGGGGCGAGGAGAUGGAAGGAGAAGAAAAAGAAGGGGAGGAUUUCGCGGACUUUCGCAAGGGCUUUAAAGAAGUUUGAGCACAAAUAUUAGGGUUCUUA